UGUAUCGUUUUUGGUGUGACGUGUGCAAUGUUGCGUACGACAGUGAAGUGUCGCUGACUAACCAUGAACGGAGCGAGAAAUGCAUCGUCGCACACGCGAGAGCACGAGCACGACUGUCGCGGCCCCAAGGCGUGCUUGUUCCGCCAUCAAUGCCAUGCGCCUCAUCGGUGCUGCCCGAUAUGGCGGAGGUUGCAGCGUACAUCCCCAGUCUUCCACAGGUCUCAUUCAGAAUGGCGCCGAUGGACGUUGACGAGGAUCCACCGUUUCAUGAUGCAAAUCAGUUUUUUGCGGAUGCUGACGAGCCGGAGGAAGAGAUCAAGUUUGACACAUUGCUUGAAACCUUUAAAUUCUUGGCGUCGUGCAACAAGGGAGUCGGGCUCAGCUCAAAUGACGUCUGGUGGUUUUUCAAACUCAUUAAACACGCGGGAUUCAACGUGGACGAGCUUAAAAACUGGAACACGAAACAUGCAAUCGAUAAGUACGCAUUGGAGCAGCUCGGGAUCGAGAAGCGGCGUUAUAAAACAGAGGAAGUCGAGGUUACCGGCUGGCACAAACGAUUCAAGGUCAAGUUCCUCGACCCGGUGGAGGCUUUGAUCAAGAUGUGGGCGGAUCCAAACAAUCGCGAAGGAUUUGUGCACCGUGCAAAGGCCGUAUUAAAAAAUGGGGAGAGAGUGUAUGGUGCUGCUCACACGGCAGAUUUCUGGCUGGAUGGACAGAAGGGUUUGCCAGAGGACGAGUUGGUUUGCCCCAUCAUAAUUUCGAGCGACGAGACCGUUUUGAGCGGUAACGAGCUCGUGAAGGCAUGGCCGGUCUACCUGACAUUCACCAACAUCCCCCUGGCUAGGCGCUGGCUGGACCAUGGGAGGGUGCUGGUGGCUCUCCUACCUCUGCCCGACCCUGAUAUGGAGCCUUGGCAGCGGGUGGAGCUUUUCCAGCGGGCCAUAGACAUUGUGUUCAAGUCGAUGUGGGAAGCCUGCCGCAGUUCUCUCCCUCUGACCGACCCUUUCGGUGAAGUGUUUACCGUGUGGCCCAAGCUCUACUCAUACGUGGCUGACUACCCCGAAGGUUGCCGAGUCACUAGCACCAUGCAGCAUGGCUCCUCCCGUCCGUGUAGUGUCUGCUACGUCACACAAGAAAAUCUUGACGACAUGGACCCAAACCUCAACCAUUGGCGCACAGUGGAAUGCCAGAAAUGGCUCUCCACGCUGGACCAAAAGCAAAGGGAGGCAUACUCCACACAUGCUGUGCCAUCGUUCCUCUGGAAUGUCAAUCGCGAGCACGAGAUACACGAGGACUGGGGAAACCCGUACAAAGCUAUCAUGCUUGACGGGUUGCACGUCAUCUUGAUUGGCGUGUGGCAAUAUAUUCUCGAGGAGGUUGUCAAAGGGGAAGACAUUGCUGAGAGGAACAGGCGACACGGGGUCUUGGUGAGGGAUGAAAGAUUCUCCGCAUAUAAGCUGCCACCAGAGGGUCGUUAUUUCAAGCCUGGAGCCAACUAUUCCGGAGCUGAGCAUGCUGCAAUGAUUCGGGUAAUUCUCAUCAUCAUGGGUGAUGGGCUACUCAAAGCACCCGUGAAGAUGACCGUGCUGCGGUUUUUUGUGGGCUGGUACCACAAGUACUUCCGGGUGGACGAGUACACCGAGAAUCUCCUUCAGCAAUACAUCAUGGACACAAAAGAGUUAGUCCGUCUACUCGACACGAACUUGCCAAGGGCGGGCCAUAAAUGGAAAAUCGUGAAGAUUCAUGGGCUUGUGCAUUUUCCGGACUUCGUCCGGCGUGGGGGUGCACCUGGGGAGUACAGCACCGGGCUAUUUGAGCAUGCACACACGACAUCGUGCAAGCGCCCUUUCCGUGCCUCCUACUUCAGAAAUUACGACGACGCCAUCAUGCGGACGUCAGAAAUGAGAUGUGCAUUGCGGGACCUACCAAGCGUCUUCGAUGAUUUGCCAGCUCGUGAAACGGCUAUUAUCAAGGCAGAAAAGCACCAGCACCCGGUGCUCACUGCAACCAGCACUGCUGUGACGCUGCCACACGUGCUGGAGGGCAGGAAGGGCGAAAGCACGUGGGAGGCGUUGUCAACACAACAUGACCCUGGCAUGACCGAAUUUCCUGCUGCGCUUGCUCUUCAUGACAUAGAAGUGGACACGAUUCAUGUCCACACGGCAGUGGCUCUCCCUGCCAGCGACAUGAACGAGGGCCAUUACGCAAGGGCAACUACAACCUUCCACGGGAGUCCCUGGUUCUCCUACGUCUCACUGGACAGCAUGCUACUCGGGUCACCAAUGCCAGACACCCCGCCUGUUCAGUAUGGCCAACUACUCAUGCUAUUUCACGUCCAGCGCCGCACCGGACGAGACGUCGAGAAGCUACCAUUUGCAUACGUACGGCUGUUGGAUGUUAGAGGCGAGGACAGAGAAACUUCAUUUUUAAAGCUGGUAAACCAUCGACGGGCUGACACGUACUGUGUGGUACACAUAGACGCUAUAUUGAGGGCAGAACAUGUGGUACCAAUGUUUCAACGGACCACUUUGAGGUUGCUGAACAAAUAUGCUUGGUGAUGCAGUGUUUACUAUUACUUAAAGUUUGA